GACGCCGAUGAAGCAUGCGCGACGCACCGCGGCAGACGACUCACCGCCAGAGAUCCGCGAGGACUUGACGACAACCAUGGAGUGCGUCCCCUCUCUGCACGUGGAGGACACGGCAGACUGGCUGGAGCAAGACGUCAUCGCCGGCUUCCGAGUAUGGCAGCUCAUGUUCCUCUCUCUCGGAGGCCUCAUCGUCGUCAUGGUGGUGAUGUGCUGCUUCAUGAAAUGCCGUAUUCCGAGAACGAAGCAAGAAAUAGAGGCGGACUUCCAUCGGAAGAAGCUCACUCAAGUUUUUAGGAAGCAUCUGAACAAAGUUCCCGUCGAAGAAGUCGAAUUUAAACUAGCCCUAGACAAAGUGAAGGCCCUGUACGAGCACGAGCAGGACAAGCGGAGUCGUGGUUCCUGGGACUCCUUGGCCGAGAGCGAGGGCCUCACGCUGCGGCAGAGGCUGCGGAAGCUGAUGCGUUCGUUCAAGCCCCGGCCGCCCGCAGCCGCUGUCGUUGUGCCGAGCUCCGGCGACGACGCCGGCUCGGAGAGCAAUUCGGCUGCCGACUCGCGCGCCGACGGCGCCAGCCAAUCGGGCGGCACCAUCCCCAGCAGCGAGGAGAGCAGCCAUGCAGGAGGGUGCCGCACCAUACGCGAGGAGAAGAUCUCCGUCGACGAGGAGCUCGAUGAUGAGGAGCAGGCGUAGCCCCGUUGUAAACCCGUCGAAAGUGUUUACGGCCGUGUUUUGCGUCGCGUCUACUUUACGUCGCGUGGUAACCAUCGUCACCUCACAUACAGAAACAGUGCGGUGUAUGUGCACACCUUUCUGUCGUGUCCAGUGUUCUAGCGCUGCUUUUUUUUUUUGUGACCACCACCGUCGCCAUCGUCUUCAUUAUCAUCAUCGUCGUCGCCAUCGUCGUAGUCACCGCCAACCACCACAGCCAUAUUUAUUAUUCGCUGUAGGACGCUGGCCCGUACCAUGCAGCAACCCCCAAUUUUCUCUGUCCUGCGCAGACGGGCUCCAUCCUAUGGCUGAACAUUUCAAAUCUCACGCUUCCAUCCGAUUCGUCGCACUUGUCUGUGUUUUCCUAUCCUCGGCACACAUUUUAUUUACUGUAAUCGACCACCGGUUAACUGUUAUGCACGCUGCUCGACCUACCCAACCCCAAUUCUUCGUCUUAGCCGCGUAUUCGCGAACGGUGCUCGACUCCGAAGCUUUUCUCGAAUCUACCAAGUAACAUGUUACCGAGUGCAGCACAGCGUUACAGUGUGCUAGAAAUAUAGGCCGCCCAUCGACUCAAGAAAACACUGCUCCUGAGCGACGCUACCUGGCAAUUCCUAAUGACGACGAGGAGCUACUUGAGAGCGACACUUUAAACCAUGUUUUUUUUUUUCUAACAGGUGAUAGGAGUGCAUGGUUAUAAAAUUUUCACUCGGGAAUCGCCGUAGAAUACUAUAGAACCGUAGUUACCACUUCAGGUCACUACUCAUAACUUUACUUUCUGUAGUAGAGGCAAAGUGUCGAGUGGUGGAAAGUUAAUGUCAUCAAAGAUACCACAUGAGAUCUUUUGUUAUCUAAUACACACUGUCGUGCCUUUCUAUAUAUCAACGCUACGCAGGCUUCUCAUUUUCCGUUCUAUCGCUCGUUCCGCAGUACGCUUCCCUCGCCAGAAUUACGACCAAGAGAGAGGGAGAGGUUAUCGGGCAGAAAGUCUCUAGGGAAAUCAAACUGAUGGGCGUCAAGUUCCGGCUUUCUACUCGAGAUUCACGCAGAUAGAAAUGAAGGGAACGAGGCGAUGGUUGCGCUUGAGGUGCUGAUGAUCACGCAGAGUAUGCUUCCUCGAGUUUAUACAGCCGAAAUGGGUCUCGUGUGAUCGUACCUUAAAGCGAGAAUUGCGUGCAAUAUAUUUCGACGACAGUGAUUUUGGCGCGAGCGUAAUGCAUCGCAUAAGGAAGAUGCAUGGCCGAAAAAUGCGAUCGAAACGUAUACUCUUCAUGUGGUUGCCGUUUUAUCGACCAUCGCGUUUUCACUCGCCGAGACAGCGCUUACCAUCGUAUACCGAGGUGUCCGGAUGUUUUGCGGCGGCGUAAUGGUAAUAUACGCGUGAAAUCUGUAGCCGUGAAGCCGGAGGUCCCCGAUCUUCCGCAGUGAGCAGCAACGAACAUCGGGAUGAAGAAGAGACUCGACAGACUGCACGGUGUACGCCGUAGCAUAUCCCGAAUUCACGUAUAUGCAGUAGCGGUACUUAUCAGCCAGCAGGUUAAAGUUAUUAGGCUACGGUGAGAGCACACAGUGGAAAAGCUUCGCGGGGUAAGUGACCCUCGUACACACAUACGAAUUAUCAAACAUGACUGGCGAGCCACCAUGUGCACACACAUACACGUACGUUUCUUAUGUGUGAAGACGCACAAAAACAUGACUGACGUGCCGUUGCGAUCACGCAGCGGUUAAAAGCAUGCGCUACAGGUACUAAUUAACAACAAGAAUUAUAUUUUUCUUGGUUGUAUAGUGCGGUAACUGAUACUGAGUCGCCGAAUAUUUUUGUCAUCCCAAGCGAGCGCUUAAGCAACUAAGAGCGCCAAGGAGGGGUCCUGCAGCACUCUCAACUCUUUCAUGUUUUUCAAUACAUAGCAAUGAAAAUAGUCAUUCCUUCCCUGCUCAUGCUGUGUCAGGACGUUUACGAGUGCGUCACUCCUCUGAAAUAUGCCAUCGACCGGUUUAAUUGCACGGAUCAAAGCGCAUUCUCAACUCCAUCAAUAAAAUUGAAGGUAAGAAAAACCUAUGUAGCGUCUGUUAUACUCACAGCUGUAUAUGAUUAAAAAGCACUGGCCAGAAGGCGCUACGGCAGUUUGAUUGCGGAACUAAAAUAUGUCAGGAAAACGGUGCGACUCUUCGAACAAUAACAGUCUCGCUCCUGCAUUAACGUUUGCUUUAGCUCGAUGCGUUAGACAAACCAUGGAGGUAAGAACGAUCUAGGAGCGAGCAACGCGCAACGCAAUUGAAGCCAAGGAAGUCGGCCCAACACGUGGUCAUGUCGCGAUAAGUUUUCGUUACUUUCACCGCCGCGCUGGAAAGAGACAUUUACAGUACGUGCACCCUGGGCACACUCUGCCAUCGCUAACCUAUCGGCGCCGACAACACGCAAACAACGGAAGCUGAACUGCUGUGAACACGCAUAUCAUUUGCCUCUUUGAAUUCUCAAGUAAACAUUAGUUUUUUGUGUGCCUUAACACGACGCCUGACACGGAAGGUUCCUGCCAAAGGGAGGAGAGAGACCCGGGGCACAGCACUCGGUGGUGGAAUAGGAGGGGAGGGGUCUAAGAAAAUCGCAGGCUACUCGAUAAUGACACGUUCUUUUAUUUAAUGAGUUAAUGACAGGUUUAUUGAUUCUAAAAUAUCCAUUUGGAGGUUAUACUGAAGUUUUUGUUUAUGACAUAAGCAGAGUGGGCCCAUGUGGCAUGUACUAUAAAGAUCGGUGGGCAUUGAACCCCACCAAGAACCAAGCACACUGGGCCGGGUCCGGUGAGGAGGGUCACAUGUUAGGCCUACCUUUUCAAGAAGAAAAGGCAAAGGGAAUGGCUUCACGAUGAAUUUACUUGCGAACGCUGGUUGCUUGAGGUGAUGCUCCUUCCGAAGGUGCUAUUCUGGACAUAGCCAAGCUCCACCAUCUUGUCGAAUUUGGUAAUGGCAGCAUUUUGAACCAAUCAGAGAGGCCGUAGCAGCCCUCUUGGCUUCUCUGAUUGGUUUAAAAUGCCACCAUUACAUAAUUUGACAAUAAGGCGGAAUUUUACAGUGUCCUGAUUAUCCCUCCUAUCGUUUAUUUCAUUCCUCCAUGAGUCAAGCUCUGUCCAGGGUCACGCGAGCUGCAAGGAGCGCAUACGCUCCUACGUCUUAGCACGACCGGUGCUUGUAGUCAGGUCGGGACCUGGACACAUGCGCCUCAAGACGAGCGGUAAAUUUGCUGACGCGAAAUCGCACCAUGUACACCCGUGAGAAAAAGUAUACGGACCAGGGAUUACGCGAUAAAGCCGAUUUUUUUCCUAAGCCUGUGAAUGCAACUUGAUAUUGAGGACUGUAGUCCAAGCUUGGCAUGGUGAACUUUCCAGUCUACCGGUAAAUUUCAGUUUAUGCAUGCAAAUUGCAAAGAAAUUUAGUUUUUUCGGACACCCUGCGGUCCGUAUACUUUUUCUCACAGGUGUACUAUCAGAAAAUUGCUUCCUCCACUCGCUAGGCUGCGUGUUACGACGCUGACGUUGACGUGCGAAGUUUCAGCGCUGCAAGGUUUUGCAAGCGCUGCGCGCGUUGAUGUCAAGCCCUGCUCUAGGUAAUAGAAGGCAUUUGUGCUACGAGCCGUGAUACCACACAAAUGAGCAGCCUUUUCUUCUGCUAUCCACAGAUCGACAAAAGCAUGAACUUGGUAAGAUAAAAGGCGCCGGUCCCUAAGUUGGCAUGCUUGUUUAAUUGUAUGGACUUCUAGUAAAGAUCUGGAACGUAACGCAGGGUCUUUGCACUCUGAAUGUGACGCCGUCCUGUUAUAAAGGGGGUGUUGCGGUGGCCCUCUCGUGUUGCUGCAUGAAUUAGUCUUACACUGGACGCUUGCAACAACAGGCAGCGGAAAGUCUCAGAGGCAGCGGAGCAGCAGCCUCGAGGAAAUGAAUGCAGGGGAGUGCGCCUUUGGUCGGGCAAAUGAAUUUUGCAAGUGAGAGUUAGCCUUGGCCCAUUUCCAGCCCACCAUAAUGUAAUGUGGUUUCUUUUGAAACGUCACGGGUGGCUCUGGGAACAAAAUGUGCUUUCGACUCAUGUUUGCACGCUGUGUUGACUGAGCCAGUAAAAUAUUUGUUACUGUA